AUGUUCAGACGCUCUCCGUCUUUCAGUCUUGCCCCCGGAAUGCCUGCGUUUGGCCCAGUUCGCAUUCUUCCCCCCAAACUGUAUGGCAAAAAUCUAGCUGCUCCUCAACCAAGUCCCGGUCCAUAUUUCACACACUAUUAUGGCUCUAGCUGGCACACAGAUGGUGCUGGCCCAGUGCUAUGGCUUGGUAAAUUUGGAAUAUUUUGGCUGUAUGGUGGAAUCGUUGUGGUCCUUUUCUGCGCAGCGCGUGCUGCUGUCAGGCAUUGGCGAAGCAAGUCAACCGCUAGCGAAUCUCAGCUUGCAUCUACCUGGUCUGCCGCCUCAUCGCCUAUCAAAUCUCGUGGUUCUGCCGGCACGCUUUGGAAGCGUCGACUUAUGAAAGUCAGAAGAGCUGAGGGAAGACUGGCCGACGUACUCUUGCUGCCCAGUCAUUUGCUUGAAAAAGCCACGACUCACUCUUCAAAGCUUCCGUCUCGCUCGUUACGGGCUCAUCAUCAGAAGGAUUGCAUGCAAUGUAAAUCUUGUACAAUCAAUCAAGGGCUUCUCGAUUCAAGCCACCAGCUUCCUCUCUAUGAACCCCGCCCCUUGCAUUGUCUAGCCUCUGGAAGAAGACCCCAGCGAAAAUCACCUCGGAACGACAGUGGUCCUGAGGACGAAGAUUGGGAAGAAAUUGACGAAGACACCGCGCUUCUUUCGUCCACCAGCACGUCAGAUUUCCUGUCCAACCCAACGCCUGUAUUGCUUCCUUCGACCCCCACAUUCUAUCGCAAUCCCAACCUCCCCUCAACUGGAUUUCCCUCUUUACGAGUCGAAGCAAAUGAAGAAGUCGCCCCUGGACUUCCAUCGCCUCUGCUCAACGCCAUCUAUCGAUUGGCGGAGAUGGCUGGUAUUGUCAGUGAAAACGGUCAACGUAGUGACCUCACCUCCAACUUUCCUGCUCGUCCUGAAGACAAUCCUUUUAUUCGCAAGGUGGACUGA